UGGUUACGCCUCCUCUGGCUCAGUCACACAGCGACGUAGAGGUGACUGGAGGUGUAUAGUUGUCCUCACCUGGAUCAUGCUGAUGUGGCCCCAACCCCACCUCCCUGACCAUCCCCACCUCCCUACCCACCCCCACCUCCCUACCCACCCCCACCUCCCUACCAAUCCCCACCUCCCUACACACCCCCACCUCCCUACACACCCCCACCUCCCUACACACCCCCACCUCCCUACACACCCCCACCUCCCUACACACCCCCACCUCCCUACCCACCCCCACCUCCCUACACACCCCCACCUCCCUACACACCCCCACCUCCCUACCCACCCCCACCUCCCUACACACCCCCACCUCCCUACACACCCCCACCUCCCUACACACCCCCACCUCCCUACCCACCCCCACCUCCCUACCCACCCCCACCUCCCUACACACCCCCACCUCCCUACACACCCCCACCUCCCUACACACCCCCACCUCCCUACCCACCCCCACCUCCCUACACACCCCCACCUCCCUACACACCCCCACCUCCCUACCCACCCCCACCUCCCUACCCAUCCCCGCCCCCCUACCCAAUCCUACCUCCCUACCCAACACACGAUGUACAAAGAAACCCGACAGAACAAAUUGGCCGAGGCCAAGGAAAAGUUGAGAGACCAUCAUGCCCAGACCAACCCUAGUGUUGGUGCAGGAGCAAGCGACACCAAAAAGAAGAAAAUAAAUAAUGGCACUAACCCUGAGACAACCACUUCUGAUGGUUGCCACUCACCUGAGGAUAAACAACAGAACCGAGCUCAGCUGGAAGAAGAAAAGAAGGCAAACCACCAACAUCAGGAAGCUCUAAGGAGGGAGCUAGAGGCCCAGGUUCAUACCAUACGAAUCCUUACAUGUCAGAAAACCGAGCUUCAGACGGCACUCUAUUACAGCCAGCAAGCUGUCAAGCAGUUGGAAGGAGAGGCCAGGGAUCUGAUCGGCCGCCUGCAGGAUUCAUGGAAGUUUGCAGGAGAGUUAGAGCAGGCUCUCUCUGCCACCACUACACAGAAGAAGAAGGCGGAUAAGUACAUCGAGGAGUUAACAAAGGAGAGGGACACCCUGAGUCUGGAACUGUACAGGAACACCAUAACCGAUGAGGAGCUGAAGGAGAAAAAUGCUGAACUACAAGAAAAACUUCGACUUGUAGAAUCUGAAAAGUCUGAGAUCCAGCUCAACAUAAAGGAGCUAAAAAGAAAGCUGGAGAGGGCCAAGCUCCUGCUGCCACAGCAGCAGCUGCAGGCGGAGGCUGACCACCUGGGUAAGGAGCUGCAGAGUGUGUCAGCAAAGCUCCAAGCCCAGGUGGAAGAGAACGAGUUGUGGAACCGCCUGAACCAGCAACAGGAGGAGAAGAUGUGGAGCCAGGAGGAGAAGAUACGGGAGAGGGAGGAGAAGAUACGGGAGAGGGAGGAGAAGAUACGGGAGCAGGAGGAGAAGAUACAAGAGCAGGAGGAGAAGAUACGGGAGCAGGAGGAGAAGAUGCGGAGGCAGGAGGAGAUGAUGCGAGAGAAGGAGGAGAAGAUACGGGAGCUGGAGGAGAAGAUACACGAGCAGGAAAAGAUACGGGAGGAGGAGGAGAAGAGGCAGGAGCAGGAGAAGAUACGUGAGCAGGAGAAGAGGCAGGAGCAGGAGGAGAAGAUGUGGAGGCAGGAGGAGAAGAUACACAAGCAGGAGGAGAAGAUACGGGAGCAGGAGGAGAAGAUGUGGAGGCAGGAGGAGAAGAUGCAUGAGCAGGAGAAGAUACGGGAGGAGGAGAAGAGGCAGGAGCAGGAGGAGAAGAUGUGGAGGCAGGAGGAGAAGAUACAGGAGCAGGAGGAGAUGUGGAGGCAGAAGGAGAAGAUGCACCAGCAGGAGGAGAAGAUACGGGAGCAGGAGGAGAAGAUGUGGAGGCAGGAGGAGAAGAUACGGGAGCAGGAGAAGAAGAUGGGGAGGCAGGAGGAGAAGAUAUGGGAGCAGGAGGAGAAGAUGGGGAGGCAGGAGGAGAAGAUACGGGAGCAGGAGGAGAAGAUGCACGAGCAGGAGGAGAAGAUGUGGAGGCAGGAGGAGAAGAUGCACGAGCAGGAGAAGAUACAGGAGGAGGAGAAGAGGCAGGAGCAGGAGGAGAAGAUAUGGAGGCAGGAGGAGAAGAUACGGGAGCAGGAGAAGAUGUGGAGGCAGAAGGAGAAGAUGCGCGAGCAGGAGGAAAAGAUACGGGAGCAGGAGGAGAAGAUGUGGAGGCAGGAGGAGAAGGUGCGGAAGCAGAAAGAUAUGAUGCGGAAGCAGGAGGAGAAGAUACGUGAGCAGGAGGAGAUGAUGCAGGAACAGGAAGAGAAGAUGCAGGAACAGGAGGAGAAGAUGCGGAGGCAGGAGGAGAAGAUGUGGGAGCAGGAAGUGAGGCUGCGGCACCAGGAGGAGAAGAUGCAGGAACUGGAGGAGCACCUGGAAGCUGCCAUCUACCGAGCAGAUGACAAGAACGCAAAAACAAUAAACAUGUAAAAACCGGCAGCAAGGCCUGGAGAAGAGUAAGCCGCCACGUGACUGUUUAGAAUAGAGUCUGAGCACAAACCUGAAAAAAAACAUUUAUUUAUUUUAAAUUGUGGCAAAAUACUGGCCAGGCACGGUGGCUCACGCCUGUAAUCCCAGCAACUUGGGAGACUGAGGUGAAUGGAUGACCUGAGGUCAGGGGUUCAAGACCAGCCUGGCCAAUACAAAAAUUAGCCGGGCAUGGUGGCGCAUGCCUGUAAUCCCAGCUACUUGGGAGGCUGAGGCAGGAGAAUCGCUUGAACCUGCGAGGCAGAGGUUGCAGUGAGCUGAGAUCGUGCCACUGCACUCAAGCCUGGGUGACAGAGUGAGACUCCGUCUCAAAAAAAAAAAAAAAGUUUCUUCCUUACAUGUAUGUUUCUAUUGUGUUUUUUCUUGGUCUUUCUCGUUUAGUCUUGUGUUGUCUUAUGGCAUUCCUAAUAAACUUUGUUCUGUCUCCAGAGAGU